GGGGCGGCACCUCACGUCUGGUACAGUCAUCCCAAGCCUCUUCGGCGGGACUGUGAUGGCCGGAGAGAUGACGAUCUUAGGAUCAGCUGUUUUGACUCUCCUGUUGGCUGGCUAUUUGGCACAACAGUAUUUACCAUUACCUACUCCUAAAGUGAUUGGCAUUGACCUUGGCACCACCUACUGUUCUGUUGGGGUGUUUUUUCCUGGCACAGGAAAAGUAAAGGUCAUUCCAGAUGAAAAUGGGCAUAUUAGUAUACCCAGCAUGGUGUCCUUUACUGACGAUGAUGUAUAUGUGGGUUAUGAAAGCUUAGAGCUCGCAGAUUCAAAUCCUCAGAACACAAUCUAUGACGCCAAAAGAUUCAUAGGCAAGAUAUUUACCCCAGAAGAGCUGGAGGCUGAGAUUGGCAGAUACCCAUUUAAGGUUUUAAACAAAAAUGGAAUGGUUGAGUUUUCGGUGACCAGUAACGAAACCAUCACCGUUUCCCCAGAAUACGUUGGCUCUAGACUGCUGUUGAAGUUAAAGCAAAUGGCAGAGGAGUAUCUUGGAAUGCCAGUUGCCAACGCAGUUAUUUCUGUACCGGCAGAAUUUGAUCUAAAACAGAGAAAUUCAACAAUUGAAGCCGCUAACCUUGCAGGACUGAAGAUCUUGAGGGUAAUAAAUGAACCCACGGCAGCAGCUAUGGCCUAUGGCCUCCACAAGGCUGAUGUCUUUCACGUUUUGGUGAUAGAUUUGGGUGGAGGAACUCUAGAUGUGUCAUUGCUAAAUAAACAAGGAGGAAUGUUUCUAACCCGAGCAAUGUCUGGAAACAAUAAACUUGGAGGACAGGACUUCAAUCAAAGAUUGCUUCAGUAUUUAUAUAAACAGAUCUAUCAAACAUAUGGCUUUCGACCCUCUAGGAAAGAAGAAAUUCACAGAUUAAGACAAGCUGUGGAAAUGGUCAAAUUAAACCUGACUCUUCAUCAGUCUGCUCAGUUGUCAGUAUUACUAACAGUGGAGGCAGAGGACAAGAAGGAACUUCAGACUAGUGACACUGAACUGCCAAAGGACAGAUUUUCCCCCGCUGAUGGUCACCAUGUGAACAGUGUGUUUGGAGCUGGCCUUUCUGAAAAGAAAAGUGGAGAAAGUCAGGUGUUAUUUGAAACAGAAAUAUCACGGAAGCUCUUUGACACUCUUAAUGAAGAUCUCUUCCAGAAAAUACUUGUACCUAUUCAGCAAGUACUAAAAGAAGGCCACCUGGAAAAGACUGAGAUUGAUGAGGUGGUUUUGGUUGGGGGCUCUACUCGUAUUCCUCGAAUCCGCCAAGUCAUUCAAGAGUUCUUUGGAAAGGAUCCCAACACUUCUGUAGACCCUGACUUGGCUGUGGUGACAGGAGUGGCCAUCCAAGCAGGGAUUGAUGGAGGCUCUUGGCCUCUUCAAGUCAGUGCUUUAGAAAUUCCCAACAAGCAUUUACAGAAGACCAACUUUAACUGAGUUAUGGAGGGAUGAAUAUUUAUGAUUGUCUGAUGAUCUCUUCCUUCUUAUCAGACCACCUCCUCCAAUAGAGAAAAAUCUCUAAAAUAUCUCACAAAUUUACCUGAAAGGUAACAUUUAGACAUAGAAAUUUACAUAACAUUUUAUUUUAGGAUUAAAUGUGACCAGAUGGAUCCUAUUUGAUUUUGGAGAGAUCCCAUUCCAGCAAAUACUUCUAAAAUGACAGAAUUGAGGUAAAACUCUUAAAGGAGCAUGGGUGACUUUGUGUUUUGGAUUCUGGAAGUAGAUAACCAGAUGCAUUUAAAAUUGUAUUCUGUAAACAUCGCCUAGUGCCAAUUUUACAAUUCCCAGUUCUUACUAAAUUGUAUUAGCAGGAGCUGGUAAUUGAUUGACUUGGUUAUCACAUGUAACUGUUAGUUUGAACUGUACUUGAAGGACCAUAUUAGUGUCAGAUUUUUACAUUGGCUGGGAGAUAAGCAGUAUUAUUAAUAUAAGCUGCAUAUAUAACAUUCAGUAACUGCCAAGUAUGUAAUAAAUUUGCUUUUACAAAUCCAAAAUUAUGUGUUCUAUUCAUAUAAUCUGCAGUCUCUGAAUUUUCAAAAUAUAUUUAUUGUAUCAAUUUAUUUUCUUUCUAACAUUUAUUCAAAUGUUUCAAUACCAGGUAGUAAAAGUAACCAGUUUACACUCUAGUUCCUUCAUUUGUUAUGCAUCAUUCUCUGCUUGGAUUUCCAUGAUUCAGCCUGGUUAGAAAACAGGAAUUAUUAAUUUCAUUUGAUACAUGUCUUAAUGUCACAAUAAAGCCAUCAUUACUAGCUCUUUUUUGUUAUCCACAACCUUUGCAGACAUUGGUAAUUAGUAGUAAUUAGCUACAGUAUUUAUGUUUUUGUUGUUGUAUCUUUGUUUAUUUUCAGUAAGCCCUGGAGAAUGUAGCUUGCAUUUGAACUAUCAGAUCCUACUUGAUUCAGUUUUUACUGAGAUUUUUCCCCAUACUGGUUUUGAGUGAGGCAAAUAUGCUCAGCUGUAAAAUCCUUAUUACUGUUUCCCACUAUCAUUUUACAAUAGUCACUCCUGGACUGUUUUUAGCCUUAAGGUUAGUAUGUGAUGAGAGCAAAAGAAAAUGUGCAUAUUGGAAGUAAUGUGUCAAUCCAAUGUGGAGGGCAAUGUGGAAAAAUUUCUACAAAUCAGCAUUUGUAGCAGUCUUGUUUGUUUCCUUUUAGAAAAGCUACAGGGACCAAGAAAGAAAAUAUAGCAAGCAGUUCUAUUUUUCUUAAUAAAGCAUGCUUCAUACCAGUUCUCAAAAGAUUACAGGCUGGUCAACAUGUUUGUUAAUGUAAUGUCUGCUUUAUAUCCAUUGUUGAAUUUAAAGGGUGUUGAAUUUCCAAUCACUGAGAAGAGAACUAAGCAAAUUCAUUUCAGCAACUUCAAAAUAUUUCAGCUUCUCAUAGUAAAAAGCUGAAUGCUAAUAUUUUUUGCAGAUCUAAAAAAGCAAUGUGAGCAAUGAGAUUGCUGUUAAGACACAAUUUUAAUCAAAUUGUUCUGUGUACAGAAUGUCUAGUAGUUAGAAAAAAAAAGUUUGUUGACAUAUUUUAUUUUAGAACUAACAGAGAAAUGCCAAAGAUGAACCCUUCACUGCAUCACGAAAAUAUUUGAGGUUCUCUCAGACUCAGUAUGAAUCUUUAAUAGAUGUUAGAUUGGAAAAGAUCUUUUGGUGAAGAUCUUUAAAAGUGUUCAAUCUAUCAAAAUCUCCACAUAUAGUAUCAAUUUUAACCUGAAGCAUUUUAGCAUUUUUUAAAAAAAACUUUGACUUUCUCAAAUAUAUGGGAUAGUUCAGGACAAUCUGUUAACAAUUCAGUGGAAACAAUUUGUAAAAAUACAGGGCAGCUAAUCUCCUACACUAAAAUGAGAAUUUAAAUAUUUCGAUUGUGUCUGAAAAAUAGAAUGGCAGUGUUGGAAUUUGGAGGCAACGUUUAGCAUAUUCUCUAGUAUAGUUACACCUUUAAAAAUACGAAGUAAUGUCUGCCUUCGAUCAUAUUUCAGGGGGCAAUAUAUAAAUGGUCUUGAGAUCAAUGUAGUUUAUUUAUUUAAAAGAUAAAAAUGCUUCCUGGAAGGGAUAUUUAAGCCUAAUAUGAAGACAUUUUUCAUAAAACAAACUGAAUACAUUUGGUUGUACAUCUAGCUAGUGUUUUUUGAAGUGUAUAACUUUUUAAAUAUUAACUGUUGUAUGAUUAGAAUAUGUGAGUGAGUAAUUUAUUUUGUAUCAGGAAUGUUUUGGUACUGUGUUUUCACUCAAACCACUGACUUAAUAGAUGCUACUGUGUAUACCAUAUACUGAAUUAUAUAGUUCUUGUGCAUAGCAGAUUGUGCCUCUUAAACGUGUGUGUGUACAGGUAAUUCACAUUUUAAUGUAAAUAAAUACCACUUUGCAGUUUGUUUUUUAAA